AUGGUUUCAUCCACCACGGCCUCACCCUCGUUCCCUCACGGCCUCACGGCCUCACCCACCCUCGCGCACGCACACGCAGAGCAGAGUGGACGGAGGAAGGCGGAGAACAGAGGAUGGCGGCGGCGCUCUAGGUCAGACUUCCGCGCGCAUCCAUCUGCUCCGUCGCUCCCCGCAGGCUUCCGCCCUCCGUCGCUGACCUCCGACCUCCGCCCUCUACCCCUUCGCGUCGUUGACCUCCGCCCUCCCUCGCGCCGUCGAGCGCACCGGCGCACGCCUCCGUGGAGCAAGACAGAAGCCGCCGCCGACGCACAAGGGUGUUCGAAAGUGCCAACCUUGGUGCUGGUCAAGCUUACUUACCUGAAACAAAUCCUGAUGUUACUCCUGACCGUGUUAGCAAGAAAAAGAACAAAAGUUCAAAGGCAUGGACACACUUCACAGUUCAGAAUGAUGAUUCGAAUCAUGCUAACUGAACAAGUUUUUAUUCCAGAAUUUGUGUUGAGCAGUUCUGCUUGUGCUUGUAUUGGACAAGUUUUUGUUCCAGAAUUUCUUCAUGUGGUUUGACUAGACAUGUACUAAUUAGUGCUUGUAGUUGUACUUGUAGUCUUCUACUAGAUUGUUGUACUGGAACAUAAAUUCCUAAUGUUUCAGAAUUUCUUCAAGUAGGUAACGAGGUUGUAUUGGACAAGUACUAAAUUUGUUUUUCCAUGUGGCCAA